CAAAGGCAUUUUCUCCAUUCUGCAGCAAAGUAAGCUGCAGUCCUACUGCAGGAAUCCUCAACAUCCAGUGAAUCAAGCAGGCAUUUCGAUGUCUAGAGAUGCAUAGUGAUGGAGUGGCAUUGCAUCGGAUAGAGGACAAAGAGACAAGCCUUCCUGAUGACUGCUGAGUUUUGUCCUAAGCUCCUUUUCAGAGCUUUUCCCUUUCUUGUUUUAACAUGGCAGGAACCUGGCUCAAUAUUACUAUUUUCAGAGUUUAAAGAGAGACUUCAGAUUAAACAAAGUACAGCUGAAUGUUUACUGAGAAAUUAUCUGAGCGUUUCAGGUGAAGAACAGAGAUUCAGGCAUGAUCCCUAUAACUCUGGAGAUCUCAAGAUGAACUCUUCCUUUGACGGGUUUAACACCACCAGCCCUCCUUUCUGCUUAUUGGGCUUUGGAUCUCAUGAAACCAUCCCUGUCUGUAUUUUGGAAGCAGGUAUUAUCAUCUUCCUGACUGUUCUGAUUAUCUCAGGGAACCUUAUUGUAAUAUUUGUCUUCCAUUGUGCUCCUCUGCUCAACCACCAUACUACCAGCUACUUCAUUCAAACAAUGGCCUAUGCUGACCUUCUUGUUGGGGUUAGCUGUUUGGUACCUUCCUUCUCUCUGCUGCAUUACCCUGCCAUGAUUCCGGAGUCCAUUGUGUGCAAACUAUUUGGAUAUGUAGUGUCUGUCCUAAAGAGUGUAUCCAUGACAUCUUUAGCCUGUAUUAGCAUAGAUCGCUACAUUGCCAUCACCAAGCCCCUGACAUACAACACAUUGGUUACUGCGUGCCGGCUACGCUUCUGUAUUUUGGUUCUCUGGAUUUAUUCAUGUGCAGUGUUCCUACCUUCUUUGCUUCCAGGCUGGGGGAAGCCUGGUUACCAUGGAGAUGUGUUUCAAUUCUGUGCAGAUUUUUGGCACACUAAUCCCUACUUCACUUCCUUUAUUGUGGUCAUGCUAUAUGCUCCUGCAGCCAUAACUGUUUGCUUCACCUACUUCAACAUAUUUCGGAUCUGCCAGCAACACAACAAGGAGAUCAAUGAGAGGCGUGUACGCUUUAGCACCACUGAAAGUGAACCUGCGGAGGGACAACCAAGCCCAGAGAAACGCUAUGCUACUGUGCUUUUUCGCAUCACCAGUGUUUUCUAUAUACUUUGGCUACCCUAUAUUAUAUACUUCCUCCUCGAGAGUUCCAAAGUCUAUGCAAAUCAGACUGCCUCUUUCAUAACUACCUGGUUAGCAAUUAGCAACAGCUUCUGUAACUGUGUCAUCUACAGUAUGUCAAACAGUGUUUUUCAAAAGGGACUAAAGCGCCUGUCAGGGGCUGUGUGUUCUUCAUGUUCUGGGCAUGGAGAUAGUCGAGAAGUUCCAGGUACCGUAAGCAAGAGGCCAACCCAUGACUGCAAUCCAUAACUAUAAAGUAAUGUGCUGGUCCUUCUCUUCCGGCUUAGGAUUUUACAACAUUUUCUUCUGUCUAUACAACCAAUAAAACAAAUGCAGUAGGGGUAAGACUUGUGCUGGAAACACUACGAAGCAAUCAAGUAUUAUUAACUUCAGUCAUAUAAUGGUUCCAGUAUGUUGCUACAAUAAGUCUUGUGACUACGUUCUAGGUGUCUCUUGUAGUCUGCAACUCUCUACCACUCUGUAUUGUUGUUUUUUGCUCUAGAACAUGCUACUGAGAUUCAUCGCU